AUGGCGUCUGCACACCACAGCUUUCGCAGCCUUUCGCUAGACUCGGGGUCGAAGCCCCCUGCCGUGCAGCAGGAGGCGAGUCGCGCCUUAGGUCUCUACGACGACCCUGGCGAGCUCCUUAAUCCGCUGGACCAGGGCGCGUUCUUCAGCGCCGUGGCUGCUGGUAACGUGGACGGCGUCGCAGCGCUUCUGAAGCAUAGGAAGGUUGACAUUAACGAGUACAACGGACAGGGCGUGACAGCUAUCUUUGUCGCAGUCUACAACUUCGAAUCAUCCCGCAGCGUCAGCAUGGCGAAGCUUCUCCUAGACCACGGCGCCAAGGUCACCGUGCGCGCCGUGGACUCCCCCGCUGCCAGCAAGCUGUGCUACCUCAAGCAUGAGUCCCCUACGGGGAGCCCGGGCAGUCCCAGGAGCCCCAGGAGCCCCAGGGGCAUGGCGGCAGGGAGGAAGGACGAGACGCGCAAGGUCUCAGUGGCCAACAAGACACCUCUUCUGGUGGCACUGGAGCUCAAGUCUAGCCUGUAUCUGAAGGGCUGGGACUACCGCCAUUGGGAUGCCAUGCUGGACCUGCUUGCUGACGCGACAGUUGCUGAGCUGGCAGGCCACCCGUUCCAUGGGCCGGGGCCGGCGCAGCUGCCAGCUGUAGCAGACGGCUGGGCGGCGGUCUUUGGCAGUGGAGGGCAUGAGCUGGUGGAGGUGUGGGCUGAGGGGAAGCACAUUGAUGUGUUGAAGAUGCUUCUGGUGGUGCAUUCUAAGAGGUUUAAGUUUGAGCUUGAAAAAGCGGCGGCAGUGAGUCCGGGCAGGCUGGAGAUCACAGACGCCUCGUUCAACGUGGUCAAGGCGGUCAUGGAGUUUCUUUACACUGGCCACGUCAGCAGGGAGUUCAUGGGACACAGAGGCGUUGACUUGCUGCUGGCUGCUCACAAGUACGAGGUGUUUGCGCUGCAGAAGCUGUGUGAGGAGCAGCUCGAGCCCACUCCAGAGAGUUGGAUCAAGAUGCUGACUGCAGCUCUGGAGUGUGGCGCCGAUGCAUUGGUGCUGAAGGUGGCGAGGUCGAUCCAUGCAGUCAUGAAUACACGCCAUGCCACGCGCCUCUUUGUCAAACAGCCGUUUUCCGCCUCCAUCCAUCCCGAGGGUGGCCCGGCACAGCUUCCCCUCAUCGAUGAUGCUGGCGUCGAGGAGGAGGUGGAGGUGAAGACAUUGUGA